AUGCGAUUAUUAUUAAAUCAAACUGGUCAAAUGCCAACAGCUUCAAAAGUAUUUUCUGAUCAUGAAAGUGAUGAAUUUGAUGAAGAUGAAAUGAUGGUAGAUUAUUCUGAUGAAUAUCGUCGAUCAUCAACAAUAUCAAAAAAAUAUUCGAAUCGAUCGACAAUCUCAAAACGAAAUACAAUUACAAAUGGUCGAAAAUCUAUUCCAAUUAAAAAACGAUCAAAUAUAAAACGAUCUGGUAAAUCAAUUCAUUCCUAUGAUGGUUUUGAUUCAUUUGAUAUGGAUGAUAUGAAUGAUACAGAUCCUCUUCAAACUAGUGGCCAACGUCAUGCAGCUAAUUUACGUGAAAGAAAACGUAUGCAAUCAAUCAAUGAUGCUUUCGAAGGUUUACGUACACAUAUACCUGUACAUCCCUAUGAAAAACGUUUAUCAAAAGUUGAUACAUUACGUUUAGCUAUUGAUUAUAUAGCAUUUCUCAAUCGUUUAUUAACAAGUACAUCACAAACAGAUUCAAUUCAUCCAUUACCUCAACCAUCUCAUCGUUUUCGAUCACAUCCAUCACAUCCUCAUGGAAAUAAUUGUCCAGCAUUAACAAGAAAAAAAAUUAUUCUUGAUUGUGCACCAAUAACUAAUGAUGAAAAUGAUGAAGGACAAAUUAUUUUGGGUCAUUCGUUAACAUGGCAUGAUGCAUCAUUUCAUCAUUUGGUUCAUCAUUCAUCUAUUAGUGCACCUGGUUGUAAUAUAUAUCAUUCGGAUAUAAUUGUUGUUACUGCUAAUGUAUGGAUACCUGAAAUACUUUCAUCAUCAACUUCAAUUCGUGUAUCAACAUCACCUUCAUGUCCAGCUAUUCCAAUUAGUAUUUCAACAAGAAAUAAUCAUUUAUCUACAAGUCGCCGUCAUAGUGAUGAUAGUGAUGAUGAAAAUAAUCAUGAAGAUGACGAUGGAGAAGAUAAUGUAAAUUUAACUAGUUUAAAUCCUAAUCAUUUACAAUCAAUUUCAUCACAAUGGGACAUGCCAAUCAAUGGAAAUGAAUUCUUGCCUGUUUAUAAUCAUCAUCAUCAUCAGCAACAACAACAACAACAACAGACAGCAAUUUAUGAAGAUGAUCAUGUUUGGUAUGAACGAUUGAGAUCGAUGGCAACAUCAAUUGGUAGUGAACAACCAUCAUCUUCCGAUUCAUCAUCCAAUGACAUUCAACAACAUCAUCAAUUAUUUGAUGUUUAUUCUCAACAUCUUCCACCACCAAUGAUGACUGCAGUUAGUAUUGAUCCACAUAUGAAUUAUUAUUCAACAAAUCAUCCAUUUGAUCAUUAUCAUCAUCAUAUACCUGAAUAUCAGACAAUGUUUUCCUUUUGA